AUGGCAGCAUCUUCAUCACCUUCUACCAGUUCUGGUAAACGUGCUAGUAGUUCCAAGCUUCUCAAUGACUAUCAACUUGGCGACUCUCUUGGCAAAGGGGCGUUUGGACAAGUCUACCGUGCUCUUAAUUGGGCAACCGGAGAGACUGUUGCGGUGAAGGAGAUACAACUGAGCAACAUUCCGAAAGGCGAACUCGGUCAAAUAAUGGCAAGUUCCGAAAUCGAUCUGCUUAAAAACUUGAAUCACCCGAACAUCGUAAAGUACAAAGGCUUCGUAAAGACUCGGGAAUACCUUUACAUCAUACUCGAGCAAGUAUUCCAAUCUCUUGGAUUUCCAGAAACUUUGGUUGCAGUGUACAUCUCUCAGGUUUUAGAAGGCCUUGUAUAUCUGCACGAUCAGGGUGUCAUCCAUCGAGAUAUCAAAGGGGCGAAUAUCCUCACGAAUAAGGAUGGCUGUGUGAAGCUGGCAGAUUUUGGUGUUGCUAGCUCUACGACGACUGGAGCUGUUAGUGAUGAUGCAGUAGUUGGAAGCCCUUAUUGGAUGGCUCCCGAGGUCAUUGAACAGUCAGGGGCAACAACGGCUUCAGACAUCUGGAGUGUGGGCUGCCUUGUCAUUGAACUCUUAGAGGGCAAGCCGCCAUAUCAUUUUCUCGAUCCCAUGCCAGCCCUUUUCCGCAUCGUGCAGGAUGACUGUCCUCCGAUACCAGAUGGUGCCUCGCCUAUAGUCAAAGACUUCUUACUCCAUUGCUUUCAAAAGGACUGCAAUCUGCGUAUAUCCGCCAAGAAGUUACUCAGACACCCCUGGAUGAUAUCUGCUAGAAAGCAGAUGAGUGGGCCUGCAACCAAACAAGGAAGAACCGCUCAAGGAAGUGAACAAGCAGAUGGCGAAAUCUCAAAAAGACCCCCAAGCAAUUAUAAUUACGACGAGGCUGUCUUGAAGGUUCAGGAAUGGAACGAAGCACUUAAAUCUCCGACUCGCCCUACUAAGCAGCGUGCGCGUCCCUCAUUUUCUGAUGCGCAACCGCCUUCUCCUACGCACGGUUCCAGUGAAAAACCUGGCGUUUCGCUUCUCCAACAUUCAGUCCUUGGUCUACAGCCAUCCACUUCCGCCAACUCUAUUCUCAAGGGCCCUUCUGCUGCUAACGUUAAGGGUUCUGCGCCGCUCGGUCUAGUUGAAAAAAUUCGUGAGCCUCUAGCUUUCGUCCUACAGCCGCCAGAAGAACAAACGGACAACUGGGAUGAUGAUUUCGAAGAGGGUAUUUCAUUCACAAAGUUGCAAGCCCUCGAAAAGACCGCAUUGGAAGAAGAGAAACCCGAAGGUGAAGACAACGCCCAGACCAUCAGACCGAACAGGAGUCCCGCAGGGCCAAGUACUAUACCGCUGGCCAAGGCACCCUCGGCAGAUAUUGUUCCCAUUGUCGAAGACUAUUCCGACCUUGCUACCGAAGAGGACGAACAAUGGCUGCAAGAAAAAGUAGCAGACUUCAAGAUGAAGAACUCAGUUCGUCGUGGCCUGUUUCAUCCAGACGACAUCAAAAUUCUUGGUCUUGCCCCUAGCUCUCCCGGCCCCAUGUCAGCUCCAUUACCUGGUCUUUCCAAGAAGUCUUCUCGGCCUUCCCUCAGUCCAAUUAACCCCUCGGGUGGCCCGUCCAUUGGACCAGCCUCAGCAGUCCGCACUCACUCUCGUUCUUCGUCAUUUGUUGGUUCGGGGUCCAGCGGUUCAGGAUCCUUUGGGCGUUCUGAGGCCAAGCGUAUUGCCAGCCAGCCCGAGUUUGAUAAGUAUGCUGAGGAAGACGAUGAAGAUUAUGACGAUGUUUUCGGCAAGCCUAGUGGUGCCACUAUGGGGCAACCCAUACAAACUUUGCAGUUGAAUACGCGCUUAUCUAAUAAGUCAUGGGUAUGGUUCUAUGUCUUGCUUGUCCUUGGUUCUUUCGUAUUCACAUUUAACGUCGUACAGCUGGGUGACGAGAAUUCAGAUGAGGACGAUCCUUUCGCAGAGAUUGAUGAAGGUUUUGCUGAAGAUGAUCUGGAAGCAAAUCUUCAGCGCGACAAGCAUGCAAGGUUAUCUAACAUGGUCAACCAGCUGAUUGACGAAUUAACACCGUCAGCUCCUGAUUUCCAACUUCGGGAAGCGUGUGAUCAACUCAUCAACAUUAUGACCGAAUCCCCAGAAAUGCAAAUACAAUUGGUAUCGGCUCAUGGUAUGCUUGCUAUUUUAGAAGUGCUGGAGGCAAGGUGUUCUCGAGAUGUAGUGAUGAAAUUGCUUCAUAUCAUCAAUCUACUCGUAACGGCUGAUCUUGGUUUCUUGGAGAGUUUUUGCUUGAUAGGUGGUAUCCCCGUUAUGAUGGGCUUCACCUCGAAGAAGUAUCCCUCAGAAAUUCGGCUAGAAGCCUCCAACUUUAUUCGACUUCUUUGUCACACUUCUGUACUCACUUUGCAAAUGUUCAUCUCGUGUCGAGGCCUCAAAGUUUUGGUGGACCUUCUUGACGAGGACUAUACCGAACAGACCGAUCUCGUAGUGCAUGCCUUGAAUGGCAUUGGCAGCGUGUUCGAGCUUCAGAGCCCCACUACUAAGAAUGAUUUCUGCCGUAUGUUUAUUCGAGAAGGUCUCCUUGAUCCUCUAUCUUCGGCCCUGCUCAAUGUAAUGGGCAACCAGGGUGAAACUGCAGGAGAGAUGAAGUACAAAAUCAUUCAGAUCUUACUCGUCUUUUCUCAAGUCACACAAAGUGACAUUCACGUGCGGAACGCGAUGGGCACUCGUAAAAUUGUUAGACGUUUACUGCGUGCAUGCGAGUUGCUUGAACCAGAAUGUCUGGUUCAGAUGUUGAAAGCGGUCAAGCACCUUUCGAUGAAUGCUACCUUGCUGGAUGUGCUACAAAAUGCCAAUGCAAUCGAGAUCCUAACCAAACUUCUCGACGAGCAAAGUGUAGGACCACAUAGCACGGAAAUAUCGAAUCACAUAUUCCAGACUUGCUACAAUUUAUGUCGCUUGAAUAAGUCAAGACAGGAAGAAGCUGCUCAAGCAGGAAUCAUCCCAUGUCUGAAGCGCGUUAUCGAGACAAGCUCGCCGCUGAAACAAUUUGCUCUGCCAAUUCUUUGUGAUCUCGCAAGUGCUGGAAAGAGCUGCCGGACACUACUCUGGCAGCAUGAUGGUUUAGCUCUGUAUCUGAAACUUUUGGAAGAUCCAUACUUUCAAGUCAGCGCUCUCGAGGCUAUUUUAUCCUGGUUACAAGAUGAGACAGCUAGACUUGAAGACGAACUUUUGAAAAACGAGUCGCUCGAAGCUUUACUCAAAUGUUUCGUCACAGCCAAAGCCAAUUCUUUCGAAAACUUACUCGAUCCUUUGCUGAAAAUCUGUCGUAUUUCCACCAGUGUCACAAUUGGUAUCGCUAAAUCACAGUUUUUCAAACGGGUCAUCGACAGACUUAGCCAUAGUCGCGCUGUCGUGAGGUUGAACCUCCUUCGUAUCCUGCGCACGGUCUGUGACGUGCAUCCUAAUCGGGCCAUACUCGUGGAGCGCUAUGGGUUGCACGAGAUUGUGUUGAGAUUAAGUAAAGACGAUGGGGCGGUACUCGUGCGAGAGUUGGCCAGGGAGAUACUUCCCGCGCUUGCGCCUGCGUUGAAACCUGCAUCUGGAAGGUCUAUGUUACUGAAAGGAGGCGAUACUCCAAAAAGCAUAGCACCUAAAAAGGCCAGAAGAACAGCAUCAGAGACGUCGGUCAUGAGCCCCAGUGUUGGAUUGGAGAGAGGAUUGAGUUCGACGAGACUGGGAGACAAGUCGAGAACCUCGAGGUUGAAGCUGGGCGACAUCGCUUGGCAAUCAGGUAAUCGGAAGUAG